AAAUUAGAAGUGUUUACAGUAUAUGUUGAAUUUAUUUGAUAUUACGCCAUGACGUGCCUUUGACAGCUGAUUUUCCUUAGAUGAGAAUAAAUGGGGUUAUUGUCCUACUAACCUUUAGCAUCUAUCCUCUUUCUUUAAAAACCCUGAGUGAUAUGUCAUUAUCCAAGCUUCCAUGAAGGGAAUUUACCCUGAAGCUUGUCUGCAUAACUCAUCAAGUGCAGUCUUUGCGUGAGAGAGCUGUUGUUUGUCUUGCUCUGCCAAAUCAAGGUCAAAUGAUUACUCUUCUUUCUUGUUUGAUGCUAGCUGUGAAAUAUGUGGACCUAUUUUUCUAUCUCAUAGAAAUAUCUGUGACAUCUGGUAAUGAAUUCUGAUAAAGCGUUAGACUAAUCUAUAGCUUCUCGGAUUUGUUUGCUUUGAAAACAGCCAAAACAUCAGAGCCGUGAAGAAGAAGAAGAAGCAGGAGCUUAGCUGUGCUUUGGCCAUACUCAAUAUUAUGUCUGCCGUUUGUGGUAUAAUACACUGAUUUCACCAUGUUAUUGUUCUCAAGCUCAAGGAUUUCUGGUGUAGGUACACAGAGUCCCUGAAGCACCCAUAACUAAACGGGUAGUAAGGAGAACUAGGAGCAAUUUCUCAUCAGUUUGUUGUCCCAUCCGAACCUUAAUAACCAUGCCUGAGCUGUUCGACUGUGGAGUCUGUUUCUGCUGGAUUUCUGUCCUUCUACAUGGAGCUUCUAACGUUUCAACACAAAACCAGAAUUUGACUGUUGUUAAAAUCAAGGAGGACACAAUUUGGGAUGCUCCAUUUCUUAAUCUGAGAGAACGUCUGCAGUCCUACUCGCAGCCGAUCCGCCCGUACACCCUGCUGACAAACGCUGAAGACUACCACCACAUGCCCAGACCCAGACAUCUCCGGCCUUCUCGCCUCCUGCGUCUUCUGGGAUCCUCCUUUGACCUGAUUUGGAUGUCCAUAGAGCAGCCGUCUGAAGCAUCUAGGAGUCAGCUUUUGGGCAAUUUCUCACUUCCUGGGGAAUUCCCCACUACUACCAGGAAGAAGUUGAACCCGAGUGCUUCUCCAGAGCUGAGCGAGGCUGCAGCAAACAGUCGGCAGAAGCUGGUGAAGUAUGCAGCAGAUCUGGACCUUGGUUCUCUCCCAAAGCAUGUUGCCAGCUCAGUUAGAGACUGGUUGGUGCGCUCUGCCACUUGUGGAUUAACUUACCAAUGGGUGGAUCUGGGUCCGGCCUUCUGGCCACGCUGGAUGAGGCAGACAGACUGCCAAAAAUCAGGUGGAGAGCCAAGUUGCUCCUUUCCGGCUGGGAUGGAGUGUGUGCGAGCUGAAACCGCUCUCAUUAAGAUUCUGGCUUGGCACUGCUUGGAAAACAAAAAGGGAGACGAUGGGUGGAGAAGGCUUGAAGCAGACGGGUCUGACGGCGGCACUGAGAUGAGGACAGGCCAGGCCAGGAAAAGGUGUUUAUGGAGGCAAAUGCCCUAUCCUGUGGUCACAGCAUGUUCAUGUUCAUGUAAAUGAAAUUGUUUAUCUCUUCAGGGCCAAUGAUUUCUAAUUGUCAUUCCAACUGGGCUUCUAUGUGCAUGCGUUUCUUUUAAAUGUCAUUGAGUUGUAAGUCAUUUCCCAAAGCAUUCAAUAAGACAUUGAUUAAGUUUUAGUGGAUUUAAGCAGAAUUGAUUAAGAAAUGUCUUCCUCCUGAUCAGUUAUUGAGUUGUUUUUCUGUCAGUUUCUUUUUCCAGCACUUAAUUUCAUGUAUUAAAGAAAAUACAAAUAAAUAAAUGGACAACAUAAA